UAUCGAUAUCAGCAUCGUUCUACGUGCCUCCACAAUCAGCUGAUGGUUAUCGAUACCCAUGAGUUGCCGUUUACGGCAAAGUAAAUUUCGUGUGUUCUUUCGUUAGUUAAAUCAUUUGCUUUUGUCGGCCGGCACAUUAACAAAAUAAGCGGGGUGGCCAAAGGAAACUUCGAGCCGGCUACUGGGCAUCGAUCCCCCACUAUCCAAGGAAGAUAUCUUCUUUUACUGACCUGUCAGAUAUACGAAACAAAGUUACGUAUUCUACGUAUUCCGAGAGCAGUUACGUAUUCACAUUCGAGUUGUGGGGGCUGGCCACUGGAGUAGGGAAUGAUGUUGAAGGGCCUGCGGCACGUCCGGAGCGUUCUGCUGCAGCGUGGCGGUCAACAGUGGGGUCCGAUCCGUGGCGCUGGCGGUAAGCAGGGUGGCACGCCGGGCAUCAAUCCGGAACUCUCGCUUCUGCAGCUCAGCCGGCGACAGAUGAAGCAGCUGCAGGCCGAAUACAAGGCAAUUGUGGGGGUAAUAGCUCGCUCCCUGCAACUAACUCCCCGGGAGGUGCGUUUAAUGCAUCUGCGCUGCCUAAGUACAUCUGGAAAAGAGCCGAAGAAGCCGAUGCAGGAAAAGGAGGGAGCCAAAGGUAGGACAACGGAUGAGUCUAGCAAACAGAAGCCAGCUGCUACAACUGGCAGCGACGAGAGCAGCAGCAAAUCCCCAGAGGAGGAAUCGUCCAGCUCUGCUAAUCCUUCAGCUAACACCAGCAGUAGCAGUUCCAGCGGUGAUUCUGCUGAGGAUCCCAACAAGAAUAACAAUGAAAACGACGAGAAGAUGCGAUCCGUCCUGACGAAGGCCGUGCUGUGGUUGUUCACCAUCUACAUGUUUGUGGCCUUCUUCUCCCUGCUCAUAACACCGCGCUCCGAUAGGCCUGAGGGAUCCACGCGCUACGUCUCGUGGAACGAGUUCGUUCACCACAUGCUGGCUGUGGGCGAGGUGAAGGAGCUCAUCAUUCGGCCAGACAUGGAAAUGGUCACCAUCAUUUUGCAUGACGAUGCUGUGAUCAAGGGCCGGAAGGUCUCCUCCACCAUCUUCCACAUGGCAGUGGCCGAUGCGAACAAGUUCGAGGAGAAGUUGCGCGAGGUGGAGAAGCGACUGGGCAUUAAGGACGGUGUGCCGGUGACCUACGAUCGACAGACGGACACCACCGGCCGCAUCCUAAUGCUGCUGCUGGUCUGCGCCCUCCUCAUGUCCAUUGCUACGCGCAUGAAGAGCGUCAAGAGUCCACUGAGCAUGGAUUCAUUCAAUCAAAUGGGACGUGCCAAGUUCACGCUGGUGGAUCCCUUCGAUGGUGGCCGCGGUGUGCUUUUCCGCGAUGUAGCUGGCCUCAGCGAGGCCAAGCAAGAAGUGAAGGAGUUUGUCGACUACCUGAAGUCCCCAGAGAAGUACCAGCGACUAGGAGCCAAAGUGCCGCGCGGAGCCUUGCUCCUGGGUCCCCCUGGCUGUGGAAAGACGCUCCUCGCCAAGGCGGUGGCCACCGAGGCCCAGGUGCCGUUCCUCAGCAUGAAUGGCUCCGAGUUUAUCGAAAUGAUUGGAGGACUGGGAGCCGCCCGAGUGCGUGAUCUGUUCCAGGAGGGAAAGAAGCGAGCACCUUGCAUCAUCUACAUCGACGAAAUCGAUGCCAUCGGUCGGCAGCGCUCCGGCACGGAAAGCAUGGGUCAGAGCAGCUCCGGCGAGUCGGAGCAGACGCUUAACCAGCUGCUGGUCGAGAUGGAUGGCAUGGCCACCAAGGAGGGUGUCCUCAUGUUGGCCAGCACAAACCGGGCCGACAUCCUGGACAAGGCCCUGCUGAGACCUGGUCGCUUUGAUCGUCACAUACUCAUCGACCUGCCCACAUUGCUGGAGCGGAAGGAGAUAUUCGAGAAGCAUUUGUCGUCGGUGAAGCUGGAGUCACCGCCCGACACAUACUCGCAGCGGUUGGCUCGCCUAACGCCGGGUUUUUCGGGCGCGGACAUUGCCAACGUCUGCAACGAGGCUGCCCUGCAUGCGGCGCGGAACACACAGAAGGAGGUGAGCAGCAAGAACCUGGAGUAUGCCGUGGAGCGUUUGGUUGGUGGCACUGAAAAGCGUUCACAUGCGCUGUCAUUGGCGGAGCGCAAGGUGAUUGCCUACCACGAAUCGGGACAUGCUCUGGUCGGCUGGAUGCUGCCCAAUUCAGAUAUCCUGCUCAAGGUGACCAUUGUGCCGCGCACGAGCUUGGCCCUGGGCUUUGCUCAGUACACGCCCAGCGAGCAGCAUUUGUAUAGCAAGGAGGAGCUCUUCGAUAAGAUGUGUAUGGCAUUGGGUGGCCGUGCGGCUGAGAAUCUGGUCUUCAAUCGUAUUACGACGGGCGCACAGAAUGACCUGGAGAAGGUGACGAAGAUUGCAUACUCGCAGAUCAAGAAGUUCGGCAUGAGCAAGGACCUGGGUCCUAUCUAUGUGCGUGAUGCCGACGAGACUGAAAGCGGCGGUGCGAUGGGCAGCGGUGGCAAGAAGCCCUUCUCUCGGGCCAUGGAGACCCUCAUUGACAAUGAGGCGCGUCAUGUGGUGGCCAACGCCUAUCAAAUCACCGAAGGCAUACUCACCGCUAACCGUGAUAAGCUUGAAAAGCUGGCUGAGGCUCUGCUGGAGAAGGAGACACUGGACUACGACCAGGUGGUGGAGCUGAUCGGGCCACCGCCACACGAUAUUGGCAAGCGGCAAGUUGACGCCGUGGAGUUUGAGCAAUCACUAAAGAACCUGGGCACCGAACCGGACCCAGCCAAAGCCUGAAGCGAAGGUCAGAAUCAGUCAUAGUCAUCAGCCACCGCCACGUGCCGCAGAAUCGCAAGUGCCCAAGUCGCUCAGCUUUCCACACCACCCCUGCUUCAUGUUCGUUAAUUGUAAAUAAAGUUGUUUGCCUUAUUAAAUGAUUUCCAAGCGGUGCUUGUUCUCAAA